GCAUCGCGAGCAGCGACACGGAAGCGAGGCUGACAGCUGGCCCAUCCCAGUCUCUAUGGCAACCGGACGCGAAACAUGUGAUAUCAGCUGGGAGAAAACCCAGCAAAGCCGCGAAUGAACUUCUCCGUAACUUUGGGAAACGACAUAAAGAUUUUGCAGGAGAGCUGUGGCUGUCGAUGAUGAUGAUGAUGGGGAGCGCCAAGCGCCCGUCUCCGUCGCGCUGCAGCAGCACCGUGCCCGUCCUGCCGCAGAUCAAACCGCCCCACGCCACCAAGAUCUACACGUUACCCGGCGUGAAGACCCUCACAGCAACACACCCCAUCCCGAGGCUCAACCCGCUGCGACCACCUCCACACGAGGGCCGACGAAACGUCAGUCUGGAGACGGUGGAGACACAUCACCACAACCUGCAGCGCAGCCUCCUCAUGCAGCAGGCUGAGCACUUCCGCUUUCACAACUCCUGGAGAAAACCUUACUAUGGCACGCCAGCCGAGAAGGAGUCUCACAGGAAGAACAUCCGGCUGAUCCUGCAGGAGCAGAUGGCUGAGCGGAUGCAGAUGCAGCGGGAAUCGUUCCGAGACAGGAAGCAGGAGAGUGAGUACGCCGUGCAGCAUGACAGGCAGUGUCUAACCGACGACGCCAUGAACCACCGCAAGAGAGCUGAGUACUUACAGCACUUCAGGGACGAGAACAAAAAGCUGAUGGAGUGGAAAUGGGAACAGACGAGACAACAGCGGCAACGGCAGGACCAGCUGGACAGGGAGAUCAUGAAAUACAACCCCAUCAACUGGAGUGGCUCGCUCAAGUAGCACUGAAAACCCUUUAUGAUUUUACACCCCCCAUCAACUGGAGUAGCUCUGACACUGAAGUAGCACUGAAAACCCUUUACACCCCCAUUAACUGGAGUAUAGCUCACUCACUCAGCACUGAAGACCCUUUAUAUACCACCUCAACUAGAGGGAAUCACUCAAGUAACACGGAAACCCCCUCACAUCCCCAUCAGCACAGAAGCUGGUCACUCAAGUAACACCAAAAAUCCUUCCACACAUUCCCCUGCAACGAUCCCCUUCUCCAGGAAAACAAUGUUGAAAAGCAAAGUGCUUCGGGUGAAUUUCAAUCUGAUCGGUGCCAACUACUGUGACCUUCAGCUGUCAUGUGACCUUCAGUUGUGUGAUGUUGAGUCGGCAUAUGACCUUCAACUCCAGAGGCCUUCUGUGCCACUUCUUUCCCAGAGGAACAAUUUGUGCCCUUUGGCCUGCUGCAAACUUUCACACAUUCCCCUGCCUGAACUAAGCUAUAAGGAGGCAGCUCUGGCAGGUG